CCUUAUCUCAUGAAUAGUUUAGUUUGCUUAUCUCAGUGGAAGGCCAGCCCCGAAUCCUAUCUGCUAAGGCCAAAAGUAACCGUUUCCAGCUAAUACAGGCCUGUGUGUUGACUCUGGACCCCGCGGGUGAUUCCCAAUUGCUGUGGGCCUGGGUCCCUGACUGCCUCUGGGGUUUUCUUGUUUCAGUAACUUUGCCAGCAGAUUAUUUGGGGGUACAUUCUGUAUCAGUAUCUCUGUGAGUGUUUACAGAAGUACAAAGAUGAUUUGCUGCUGGUGGGAGGGAAGGUGUAUGCAUUUGGCACAUCUCUUCCCCACCUCCCCUGUUUUAUUUUGGAAUUUGCAGGCAAGAGAUGCCCUAAAGAUAUCACACUGGUUUGAUUAGGAAAUUCUUGAAGGAGAAGAACUCAGGACCAUCUGGGAGGCCCCAGUGUGAGGCAGUGUGUGCUCAAGGGCUGAUGAUUCUGCUUGGGGAGCCGAUUAGGGAGUUGAUGUCUGAAUGUGUGCCAUAUUUUAUCCCUCAGUAGUAGUCACGCUUUUUCUGUUUCUUUGUAGCCCCAAGAUGGACUUCCUGAUUCUCUUCUUGUUCUACCUGGCUUUGGUGCUGAUCGGUGGUGUUACCAUAUGCAUCUGCUCAAAAGCCCAUUACCUGAAAGUCCUAGUCAAAGGAGCAGCCCAGAUGAUUUCCCAUAUGAUUCCAGAAUACCUUCAGAGAGCUGUGCUAAAAUUGCUUCAUUAUCUCUUCCACACACGAAACCACACCUUCAUCAUCCUGCACCUUCUCUUGCAAGGGAUGAUUUAUGCUGAAUACACCUGGGAAAUAUUUGGCUACUGUCUAGAACUGGGGUUCUCCUUGCGUUACCUUCUCCUACCCUAUCUGCUGUUGGUUAUCAACCUGGUGUUCUUCAUGCUCAGCUGCGUAAGCAACCCUGGCACCAUAACAAAAGCAAACGAGUUCUUGUUUCUUCAAGCCUAUGAGUUCAAUGCCAUGACGUUCCCAAAGAAUAUGAAGUGUUUCACAUGCAAUGUCCGGAAGCCAGCACGGUCCAAGCACUGCAGUGUGUGUGACAGGUGUGUGCACCGUUUUGACCAUCACUGCGUUUGGGUGAACAACUGUAUCGGGGCCUGGAACGCCAGGUACUUCCUCAUCUACCUCUUGACGCUGGCGGCCUCAGCUGCCACCAUGGCCACUGUGAGCACCAUGCUUCUGGUGCAGUUGGUGGUAUUGUCGGACUUGUAUCUGGAGACUUACGUUGAUGACCUUGGACACUUGCAGGUUAUUGACAUUGUCUUUCUUAUUCAGUACCUGUUCCUGACCUUGCCAAGGAUCGUCUUCAUGCUGGGCUUUGUCGUGAUGCUGAGCUUCCUCCUGGGGGGCUAUCUCUGCUUUACUUUGUACCUGACUGCCACCAACCAGACCACUAACGAGUGGUACAGAGGUGACCGGGCCUGGUGCCGGCACUGCCCCCGCGUCGUGGCCUGGCCCCGGUCAGCAGAGCCCCAGGUCUCCCGGAACAUUCACUCCCGGGGGCUUUGGAGCAACCUUGGAGAGAUCUUCCUACCUGACACUGCACAUCGUGCCAAGAAGAUGAACUGAGAAUGCGAAGUGUUACUGCGGUUUAAAUAGAAUAUAUGUUUAUUUAUACAUCUGGAUACUUC